AUGACCGCGUCUGCACCCAAGGAUCCGAACCGCUUCCUCACGUCGUUCCAUGCAGCACUCGUUGCAUGUUCUUCUGAGGCAGCAGCGUACGGCCGUUGCGUGGCUGCCAGGGUCCCAGGCGUGGACAAAGCCGUGUGCGAGAAGGAGUUUCUCCAGCUGAAGACCUGCUUCUACGCCUCCGAAGAGUCUAGCCCUGUGGUGCUGGGGCCGCGGCCUCUGCUGCGCUUUGACGUGCCGGGCGCGGCUGGUGUGAUGUAUGACGAGCCGCAUGGCAUCCUGCUGGUGUCGGCACAUGAGAAGGUGUACGCGUGGCGUGUGCCCACUCCCGCGCAGGAGCAGCAGAGCCUCGAGCAGUACAUUCAGCAGCAGCAGCAGCAGCAGCAGCAGGUGAAUCAUAGUCAUGCUCACGCCCACGCCCACACCCCUGGUCACAGUCGCACGCACAGUGUCAGUCACAGCCAUCUGCAGCCCGUGCAGCAGCCAGCGCCGCAGGUGUUUGCCAUAUCCGACCGCCCUGUCCUGGCCGUGCGCUUCUCCCUAGAUGGCCGCAUUCUUGCCGUGCAGCGAUCCGCCCAUGAGCUCGAACUGCUGCUCCGCCGCCCCUCCACUUCCUCCUCCUCCACUACCACCACCACCACCACUCUCUCCUCCCCUUCCUCCACACCCGCAGCUGCAGCUGCUGCCUCGUCUAGUGGUUCCGGUGCAGGAGCGUCUGGUCAGGCAGAAGCAGCACCGGGGCAAGGAGGGGAGCGGGCAGGAGAUGGCAUGGGCGCGAGCAGAGAACAAGCAGCGGGAAACACAGCGGGCAUCGUGACAGCACCGGCGCUCACGUACAGGAGUAGAAGUGCGGCAGAUAAGAUCCUGGGGUUCUUCUGGUCCGAUUGCCCGCUCUGCGACCUCGUUGUCGUCACAACUGGGGGCUUGGAGCUAUUUCGAGUGGCAGCAGCAGCACCAUCAGGCGGAGCAGGGGCGCCAGCAUCACCACCAGCAGCAGGCGCAGGAGCAGCAGGAGCACCAGGGGCAGGGGCAGCAGCAGAGGCAGGGGGGAGCGGGUCAGGCCAGGUGGUGAUGCGAGUGGUGGAGGCGUGGCGAGUGGCGAUCGGGUGGUAUGUGUACACGCAUGAGUCACGCGUGCUCAUCCUCGCUGCUGGCCCCAGAUUCUGCUCGCUCACUGCCAUUCAGUUCUCAGCAGCAGGGUUGGUGAAGCUGCCUAAGUUCACUGCUCAGCUGGGCACAUCUGCUGCUCCCACCACCACGCAAGCCCACUCCCUCACUGCCAAGCCGGCCCCCCCAGUGGUGCUCGCCCCUCAGGACGUGCGCAUUGCCAACAUGUACGGGCGCAUAUACUGUGUGCAGGUGGACCGGGUCUCCUCCCUGCUGCAUAUCUUUCGGUUCUUUCGAGACGCCAUAGUGCUGCAGGUGUCCAUUCCUCUACCAUCAACGCGAGUGGCAGUGAGUGUGGCGGAUAAUCUGCUCCUAGUGCACCUGCCAGCCAUCCACCGCCUCCUCCUCUUCGACCCUCUCCUCAACCACUGGAAACCCAUCUGCCCCGCCCUCGCCCCCGCCUUUGCACCGCUCCCCUCCACUCUCCCUCACUCACUCCCUCCCUCGCUCCCCCGCACUCUCUCUCGCUCCUCCACGGGCAUGAGUACGAGCACGAAUGCAAGCAGUAGUGGCGAUGGCUCCUCUGCUCCCUCCACCCCGCGUACCGGCACCAGCAGCAGCAGCACCACCAGCAGCAGCAGCGGGGGAGGCAGUACCCGCAGCGGCAGCAGCAGCAGCAGCGGCGGGAGCGGCAGGUCACGGUCGCGGUCGAAGGUGUAUGGGUCGGGGUGGGUACUGGUGAACCCGGAUCUAGUGCUGGACCAUGUGAAAGGCGUGCUGUGGCGCCUGCACCUCAACCUCCAGUCUCUGGCAGUGUGUGCAGCAGAUCGGUCGUCCCUCUUCCCGUUGCUGCAGCGCCGUCGCUGCAACCGCCAACAGGUGCAUGCCAUCUGCCUCUCCCUCUUCUCCGACCUCCUCGCCCAACGCUCGCCCCUCCCCACUCUCUCCUCCGCCUUCUCCUCCCUGCUCUCCGCAUACGCCACUGCUCUUGCCGCUGCUGCUCGCAAGCCGAAGCCCGUGCAAGAGACCCCCGCUGCUGCUGGUACUGAGGCUGGCAGCAGGAGAAGCAGCAGCAGCAGCAGCAGCAGCAGCAGCAGCACAGUUGUGACCACGCAACAGGCAGUGGGGCAGGACAGGGAAGGGACAGUAGGGGGAGCAGGAGCAGAGCAGCAGGCAGACGAAGGGGAGAGGGCAGAGCAGCAGCAGGUGGGCCCCAGUGAGAGGGCAGAGGCAGGAGGGUUCUUCCACGUGGCAGCUGAGCCCGGGGCUUCAGAAACUGCCGUAUCAGGCCCUCAUGGGGACUUGGGAGAUGCGCUGGAAGGAAAAGGAGGUGGGGGAGCGGGAGCGGGAGCGGGAGGGGAAGUGGGGGGAAGGGAGGCAGGAUCGUUGUCUCGGACCAGCUCCGUGGCUUCUGUGGGGGAGGGGCCGGGGGGUUCUGCUGCAAGGGGCGGCAGUGCGGGUGGUGGGAGGGGGGGAGAAGCAGAGGCGGCGGAUCCUGCAGUGGAGGAGGAUGAGGGGGUGGUGUCUCCAGAGCAUCUGCUGCACCAGAUAGAGCUUCAUUUGGAAGCAUGCGUGCAGCAGGGCAGCAGACACAGAAGCGCCUCCGGUGAUGCCCACACAAGUGCGGGGGAGAGUAGCAGAGGGGAGACGAGAGGGGAGGGAGAGGCAGGCGGGGACGGUGGAGGAGGGGGGAAAGGGGAGGAAGAACGGGGAGGGGAUGGUGGUUGUGGCGAGAAGGAGAGGGGCGGCGGUGCUGCAGCGUGUGGGGCUGUAUGGCAUGACAGCAGCUAUACUGUGGGGGUUCUCGUGGAGCUGAUCAGAUGGUGA